AUGUCUCAGACACCACCAAGUAACAACAAGGGACAGACACCACCAAGUAACAACAAGGGUCAGACACCACCAAGUAACAACAAGGGUCAGACACCACCAAGUAACAACAAGGGACAGACACCACCAAGUAACAACAAGGGACAGACACCACCAAGUAACAACAAGGGUCAGACACCACCAAGUAACAACAAGGGUCAGACACCACCGAGUAACAACAAGGGACAGACACCACCAAGUAACAACAAGGGACAGACACCACCAAGUAACAACAAGGGUCAGACACCACCAAGUAACAACAAGGGUCAGACACCACCAAGUAACAACAAGGGACAGACACCACCGAGUAACAACAAGGGACAGACACCACCAAGUAACAACAAGGGUCAGACACCACCAAGUAACAACAAGGGUCAGACACCACCAAGUAACAACAAGGGUCAGACACCACCAAGUAACAACAAGGGACAGACACCACCAAGUAACAACAAGGGUCAGACACCACCAAGUAACAACAAGGGUCAGACACCACCGAGUAACAACAAGGGUCAGACACCACCGAGUAACAACAAGGGUCAGACACCACCGAGUAACAACAAGGGUCAGACACCACCAAGUAACAACAAGGGACAGACACCACCAAGUAACAACAAGGGUCAGACACCACCAAGUAACAAGAAUGAACCAACGACGCCUUACAUCCCCACCAAGACCAGGAGGACUAUACUUGACUCUGCUCUUGCUAAGCUCUCGACUCUUAGUCGAGAGUCUAAGCUCUCGACUCAACUCUUGGGUCAUAAUGUCGACGGUGUGGAGUGCCUUCACCCGCGGGGAUGGUUGAGUGACGGAGGCAGCGCCACGGCCAUUACCUGCACUCGAGUCUGGCGCACUCUGGAGGUGGACUAUGCCGGUGUCUAG